AUGUUGUGGAAACAGUUUCUUGGCAUUGCAAUUCUCUGCCUGGCUUUAACCCAGCUGCGCUGUGUUAAUAGCCAAGCCACUGACACCAUCUGCAACGAAGGAUUCACCUUGGUGGGCGACAAGUGCCUGAUGAUGAAGUUUUUUGCGAUAAACUGGUUUGCUGCGGAUAGCCAAUGUCAAUCGCUGGGUGCCGGACUACUUACUUUGCAGAAUGAGGAACAGCUUCUUCAGAUCAAUAAAUGGGUCAACAUGGAUGUGCAAAUCUGGACCUCGGGCAACAAACUGAGCAAUAAUGGUGUUUACUACUGGCAAAACACUGAAGCGGAAUAUCUACCCUGGGCAGAGAAUGAGCCCGACCCGUCAAGUGGAAACUGCCUUAUUCUAACCGACAUGUCCGGUGGAUCGGAGACUAUAGAUUUCCGUUUAAGAGUCGAAGCUUGCCUCAUCAUCAAUGCCUACAUCUGCGAGCAGCUAACACAGAGUGUGGAAACCAACCAAGUUGCUUAA